AUGGCCACCCGCCGCUGUACUCGGAAGCCUUGGCUGGCCCCCGGGAUCUCUAGAAUGAUUUGGAAACAUCUUGUUGUCAUCUCCCUCUGGCUGCCAUCAUUUGUUUUGGGUGGAGCCUCUCCCACCUCCUGCCCAGCUGCUUGUUCCUGCAGCAACCAAGCCAGCCGGGUCAUCUGUACACGCCGGGAACUGGUGGAAGUGCCCGAGAGCAUUUCAAUCAACACACGGUACCUCAAUCUGCAGGAGAACAACAUCCAGGUGAUAAAGACAGACACUUUCAAGCACCUUCGUCAUCUUGAGAUUUUACAACUUAGCAAAAACCUCAUCCGUAAGAUUGAGGUUGGUGCCUUCAACGGCUUGCCCAAUCUCAAUACUCUGGAGCUCUUUGACAACCGGCUAACCACUGUCCCCACACAGGCCUUUGAGUACCUCUCCAAGUUGCGGGAGCUAUGGCUGAGGAACAAUCCCAUUGAAAGCAUCCCUUCUUAUGCCUUCAAUCGAGUCCCUUCUUUGCGGCGUCUAGACCUUGGAGAGCUCAAGAAGUUGGAAUAUAUCUCAGAAGCAGCUUUUGAAGGUUUGGUCAAUUUGAGGUACCUGAACUUGGGCAUGUGCAACCUUAAGGAUAUCCCAAAUUUGACAGCCUUAGUGCGACUAGAAGAACUUGAGCUUUCUGGAAAUCGCCUGGACAUGAUCCGUCCAGGCUCCUUCCAAGGCCUGACUAGCCUUCGCAAGUUGUGGUUGAUGCAUGCCCAAGUGGCCACCAUUGAACGCAAUGCUUUUGAUGACCUUAAGUCAUUGGAAGAACUCAAUCUCUCCCACAAUAAUUUGAUGUCCUUGCCCCAUGAUCUGUUCACCCCUUUACACCGCCUAGAGCGUGUCCACCUCAAUCAUAAUCCUUGGCAUUGCAAUUGUGAUGUGCUGUGGCUCAGCUGGUGGCUCAAAGAGACAGUGCCCAACAACACUACCUGCUGUGCCCGGUGCCAUGCCCCACCAAACCUCAAAGGGCGAUAUAUUGGAGAGCUGGAUCAAAGCCAUUUUACUUGCUAUGCCCCUGUUAUAGUGGAGCCUCCAACUGAUCUUAAUGUGACUGAGGGAAUGGCUGCUGAGUUAAAGUGCCGAACAGGGACCUCCAUGACAUCAGUGAACUGGCUCACACCCAAUGGCACACUGAUGACACAUGGUUCCUAUCGGGUGCGCAUUUCUGUCCUUCAUGAUGGCACACUCAACUUCACCAAUGUGACAGUCCAAGACACUGGGCAAUACACCUGUAUGGUGACUAAUUCAGCUGGCAACACCACUGCUUCAGCCACACUCAACGUCUCAGCUGUGGAUCCAGCCACUACAGGUUAUACUUACUUUACUACUGUAACUGUGGAGACCAUGGAUUCUAGCCAAGAAGAAUCUAUUCCUACAAAGAAGGAACCUGGGCCAACACCUUCCCAAGGCUGGGGCAUGACUUAUUCCACUACUUCACUGACUCCUCGCAGCACACGCAGCACUGAGAAGCCAUUUACUAUCCCAAUCACUGAUGUCACAGAGAACGGCAUGAAAGAUUUGGAUGAUGUGAUGAAAACUACUAAGAUCAUCAUUGGCUGUUUUGUAGCCAUUACCUUCAUGGCUGCUGUGAUGCUCAUUGUCUUCUAUAAGCUUCGUAAGCAACAUCAGCUUCAUAAGCAUCAUGGACCUACCCGCACUAUUGAGAUCAUCAAUGUUGAAGAUGAGCUACCUGCAGCAGCUGGAGCUCCUGGUGACAGCCACCUUGCACUUCCUGCCAUUGAGCAUGACCACCUCAACCACUAUGCUGCUUUCAAGGCCCACUACAAUAACAAUAGUGGUGGUGGACCCCUCACGUGCUCCAAGAACCCCAUGCUCAAUUCCAUCCAUGAACCUCUUUUAUUCAAGAGCAGCUCUAAAGAAAAUGUCCAAGAGACACAGAUAUGA